AUGAAUGGAUUUAAUGUGGGGUUUGUAGUGUUGGGUUGGAAGGGAGUGGAGAGUGAAUUAAGAGGAAGAGGAAGAGGAAGAGGAAGAGGAAGAGGAAGAGGAAGAGGAAGAGGAAGAGGAAGAGGAAGAGGAAGAGGAAGAGGAAGAGGAGAGGAAGAGGAAGAGGAAGAGGAAGAGGAAGAGGAAGAGGAAGAGGAAGAGGAAGAGGAAGAGGAAGAGGAAGAGGAAGAGGAAGAGGAAGAGGGAGAUGGAGAGGAGGAAAGAGAGGAAGAGGAAGAGGAAGAGGAAGAGGAAGAGAGAGUAGUAGAAGAAAAAGGGAGUAAGAGAAGGGGUAAGAGAAGGAAUAGUAGAGAAAUAGGAAUAAGGAGAAUGAAUUUCGAGAUUGAAUUACAAAAGUAA